AUGGCCGACACAGCUGAAGCUUCAGGAGCUGAUCACCAGCAGCAAGCUUCUCAGCGUAACAGAGUCGUCGACACUGUUCACGAGAAAGCCCAAGAGGUCUUCAAGGAGGACUAUGCCCAGGCCCGGGACCAUGUUGCAAAUGCUGCCAAGAGUAGAUCCUACCUCUACCCCAUUAAGGGUAUCUUCUACUUUCUUUCCCACCGCUCGCUUUGGAAGCCUUUCGUUUCUAAGCUCGGCCCUCUGAUACUCCUCUCUACUGGUGUCAUUGGUGGCAUGUUCUUCUUCACAUACCUGCCACAGCUCGCCGUCCUGUUCUUCGUCAACGGUCCUAUUGCACCUUUCACAACCGUUCUUCUGGUUCUGAACGAGAGCACUACCAUUAUCAACCUCGUAUCUCGCUCCUAUCUUCUCCAAGAUGCGCUAUUGGAUGUCUUUGACGGCACCCUUCUCGCUCGAGGAGACACCAAAAUUGUUAGCGAGGGACGUGAAGUCAAGUCGGGAGCAGACCCGAUGCAGAAACUGGGCAAAAUCAUCAAGAGUCCCUUCGAGAAGUUCAGUCCCAAGGCAAUCAUCAGGUACAUUAUGUACUUGCCUCUCAACGCCAUCCCGGUUGUUGGCACAGUGAUCUUCAUUCUCAUUCAAGGCCGCACUCGAGGCAAGGGAGUUCAUGGCCGAUACUUUCAGCUGAAGCGGUGGUCGCAAGCCAAGAGGGAGGACUGGCUUACCAAGAACGUUGGUCCUUACACUGCAUUUGGACUGGUUGCCACGCUCCUCGAGAUGGUUCCUGUUGCUUCAAUGUUCUUCACGUUCAGCAAUACAGUCGGUGCUGCUCUUUGGGCUGCUGAUAUCGAGGACAAGGAUACCUCAAUGACUGGUGGAACCGCCCCAAGUCUGCGUGAAACCGCUGAAAAGGCCGAGUAA